UAAAAUCACGGACGAAAUUUCAAUUUUCAAUUCAAUCAACCUGUAGAUUUUUGAUUAAAAGCAUAGAAAACACAGAAAUAGAGCGAAGAUUUGCAGAAGAGACAAUACAGAAAGAAAAAACAAGAACUUGGAUUUUACCAUACAUAGACGUAGAAAAUAAAAAAAAUAGAAAUUUUUCUAUAUGUAAAACAAAGUCUGUGAAGUAAAACAAAUAUUAAUAGUAUUUACUAAAAAAAAACAAUAUCAAAAUGUGGUGCAUUGUCAAUUUGCCGAACGGUACUCAACAGGCCGUCAAAUGGGAUCCAAAAGCCAUUGGACAAGAAUGUCUAGAAAAGGUGUGCAAAGCUUUAGGCAUAAUCUGUGAAAUGGAGUACUUUGGUUUAGAACAUUGGUCUCCUAGCCAAGAAGAAUCACGUACUCGACAAUGGAUAAACUUAAGAAAUCGACUUUCAUGUGAUGGCAGCAAUGGGAUGCAACUUAUGCUUGCUUUACGUGUUAAAUUCUGGGUACCAGUCCAUCAUAUACUGCAAGAAAGUGCACGAAAUUUAUUUUAUAUGCAAGCAAAAGUGGAUCUAUUGGAGGGUCGUUUAAACGCACUUGACUGGGUUAAUGCAGCUAAAUUGGCAGCUUUAUUAUGUCAAGCUGAUGGUAUUCGUUUCAAUGAAUCUGCUGUAAAAUCAAAAUGCCCCUUACGUAUAAAACGUGAAGAAGAAUUACUUAGGCAGCAACAACAACAACAACACCAGCAACAGCCCCAUACCAAUUGUAAAGAAAGAAAAGAUAAGGAAUAUGUUUUGUCAUUUAAAAAACGUCGCCUUUCCAAACAGAAAUCGGUUGAAAAUAUCGAUAAUACAUACACAUGUUCAGCUGCUGCUAGUACUAGUGGUUUGCAAUCAUCAUCAUCAUCUACCUCAACUGCUUCAACUUCUAACAGUGCCUAUGCUCCACAAACCUCCAACACUUCGACAUUAAGAAGUACUACCUCUGCUCAAACUAAUAACACCACAUCAUCCUCUUCGCCUAGUCCAACUAAUUCUAAUUCAAAAAUUAAUCUCAAUCAACAAAAUGCAAAUACCGAUUCUACCUCAACCACAACAUCUUUGCUCUCCAUAUAUAUGGACUAUAUAGUACGACCCGAUGCUGAAUGUGGUGAAAUGCCAGAAGAUUUUUUGCGGCAGAUAGCUUUUGAACAUGGAAAGCUAGCAACUUUGGAAAUGACUUCAAAAUCAGCCAAAUAUUGGUUACUGAAAGAAAUACAAGAUUUGCCAGGUUAUGGAGAGGAAAUUUUCAAUGGUGUCACAACCAAUGAAACUUCAACACGCUGUGAUAUUUCGGUGGGUGCGAACGGUAUUAUUGUUAAUGCAGGAGAUGAAAAAUACAACAUCCCUUUUAGUGCCAUUGCUGCUGCAAAAUCGUUUCGUCGCGUUUUUAAGUUGGAAUACGUCGAUGAUCACAAUAUGCGCAGAGAGUUGGAGAUAAAAUUGCCAAAGCACGCAAUCGCAGCUGGCCUAUAUCGCUCCAUAACCGAGCGUCACGCAUUUUACGUAUGUGAUAAGGUGCGAGGUGUUGUCACAAAUCAAUUUACACGUGAUCUCAAAGGGACUAUUGCGUCUAUGUUCAAGGAAGAUACAGAAUUAGGAAAACGAUAUGUGUUCGAUAUACAGCAUACAUGCCGUGAGGUGCAUGAUCAAGCACGCCGUAUAUUACACGAUCGUGGCAUUGCCGUAACGAAUCAACUGAGCUAUGGCAAUACUAUUAACAAAUUCUUGCCAAGUGGCUCAUUAGAUGGUGAAGAUGGAUUACUGAGUAGUGAAACUGAGGGUGACGGUGAAGCAGGUGCUUCAAGUAGUGGCUUAAGUUUGAAUGCUGGUGAUUCUAUGGCGUGCAAGUUAGAUUUGGCAAUACGUGAGAAAAAAGAACGUGAAGCGGCGAUUGAGCGUUGUGUUGAUACACGAAUAUCGGAAGCUAUGACAUGCAAAAUAUGUAUGGAUCGUGCCAUUAAUACUAUGUUCAAUCCUUGUUGUCACGUUAUGGCAUGCACGCAAUGUGCAGCAAGGUGUACCAAUUGCCCGAAUUGUCGCGUUAAAAUCACAGACGUUGUCAAGAUCUAUCUACCGCCAGAAUUGCGUACCAGCUUAUCCAGUAGUUCCGGUGCCAGCAGCAGUAUUAACUCCCAAAGCAGACAAAACAGUCAGGAGACCAAUCGUAAUGAAACCAGAGCAGCAACUAGCACACAACCCACGACAAUCCCAAAGAUAACGACAACUGCAUAGAACUGGCUGCGUUCGCUCAUUUUACGCUUGUUAGAAUGGGUUUGUGUACCGCUGGUAUAAUCGGAUAGUAUUGAGCAGAUAUAUACAUUAAAACAAAUACUUAAUAGAGUCAUCAAAUUGAAAUAUAAACAUUAUAUCUGCGAAUAAAUUUA